AUGUCGCUAAUCUUUUCAAUCUGUGUGUGUACUUUGCGGGAUGUCAGUAUGUAUAUCAACACGCUGUUUCAAGGACUGUUCGAAGAAAGGGUAUGUGAGCUGCAGCUCGAAAACGAGCACAUUCGACGGUUUCAGAGACGAGGAAGAGGAAGAGAACAGCUCACGUUGGAGCCAGCGAGGCACUGCAGGAACCAGGGCAGUCAGCAAACACAGGUGGAUUGCACACCAUGUAAUAUCACUAUCGACUUCGGAAUCUUUGCUGCUAUAUCGUCGUCCCACGAAAUUAUCAAGACCAUCAUCAUCAUCUGGGCGCAGACAAUGCCGAAAUUUGGCGCUUGA